AUGCAAGCAUUCCAAUACGGCGGCCCAGAAUCUCCAUUUGCGCUUCAAACACUCCCCAUCCCCACGCCAAAACAGGGCCAGGCCCUCAUCUCAGUCAAAGCAGCCGGCCUUUGUCAUACCGACGCCCAUUACGUUGAUGGACACGGUAUCUCUAUGCUGGGAUAUCUUCCAAUUACUCUUGGGCACGAAGUAGCCGGGACUGUCGUCAAGCUCGGAUCAGAGCCAUCACCAGUUCAAAUAGGCGACCGCGUGGUAGUCGCCUUAGUAGCUCAUCCUGUUGAGAAGGCAACACGAUCCACGACAAUUGGGCUCGGUUACGAUGGCGGCUAUAGCGAAUUUGCGAUAGCUCAUUAUGAACACCUGGUCAAGAUUCCAGAGGAGUGUCCUUCCCUCAAGCAGCUGUUGCCACGGAUUCUAUCUCCACGGCAUAUCACGCUGUAG